AUGGGAAGCUCAAAGCUGAGGGUCUUUGAUGGCCAUAUGGACAAGAAGCCAUCAUCGGCUUUCACUGUCAGGGAGUUUCCUUUGCCCACAUUUGAUGUGCCUUAUUUUAAAUACAUUGAUGAGGAGGAUGAGGAGGACGAGUGGAGCAGCCGCUCGCAGUCCUCUACCGAGGAUGACUCUGUGGACUCUCUGCUUUCUGACAGGUACAUGGUGGUGUCUGGGACUCCGGAGAAGAUUUUGGAGCAUCUCCUGAAUGACCUGCACCUGGAUGAGGUACAAGACAAAGAGACAGAUACCCUCCUGGAUGACUUCCUCCUCACGUACACGGUCUUCAUGACAACAGACGACUUGUGCCAAGCGCUCCUCAGACACUAUUGUGCCAACAAAUACGACGGCAAGGCAGAAAGCCCAGAGGCCCUGUGCACAAAGAGAAAGGUCUUGCUUCUUGCUUCCCAGUGGACGGCUCUGUACAAAGAUUGGCUACAUGAUGAUGAGCAUUCCAAGCUGUUCCUGAAGACCCUCUAUCGUUAUGUUUUGGAUGAUGUCUAUGAAUAUCCUAUCUUAGAAAAAGAAUUAAAGGAAUUCCAGAAAGUGUUGCGAAUUCAUCGUCGUCAUACUGUUGAUGAAUACUCACCUCAUCGAAAGAACAGAGCCCUCUUCCACCAAUUCAGUCUGAAGGAGAACUGGCUGCAGCACAGAGGAAAUGUUAAUGAAAUAGAGGAAAUUUUCUGCCGGGUCUACAUAACAGAUCACUCCUACGUCAGCAUCAGGACAAAGGUAUCCAGCACUGUACAAGAUAUCCUGAAGAUAGUGGCUGAACGGAUACAGCAUGCCGAAGAGGACCUGGCUUUGGUCACUGUCACGUUUUCUGGGGAAAAACAUGAACUUCGGCCAACAGAAAUGGCAUUAUCCAAGUCACUGGAGUCAUCGAGUCGCAUUUACACUUACAGGAAGAGUGAGACUUUGAACCCAUUUGCAGAGAAUGAAGAGGCUCAGAGCAGAUCUGUUAGAAUCCUAGGGAUGAACACCUGGGAUCUUGCUUUGGAAUUGACCAGUUUUGACUGGAGUCUCUUCAAUUCAAUACAUGAGCAAGAGCUGAUAUACUUCACAUUCAGCAGACAGGGGAAGAGUGAGAACACACUGAACCUGAGUCUUUUGCUGCAGAGGUGUAAUGAGGUCCAGCUCUGGGUAGCCACAGAGAUCCUGCUGUGCAGCCAACUGGGAAAAAGGGUGCAGCUAGUAAAAAAAUUCAUCAAAAUCGCUGCUCAUUGUAAAGCUCAAAGAAAUUUGAACUCUUUCUUUGCAAUUAUAAUGGGUCUGAACACAGCAUCUGUCAGUCGGCUGUCACAGACAUGGGAGAAAAUCCCAGGAAAGUUCAAGAAACUUUUCUCCGAACUUGAAAGUCUGACGGAUCCAUCUUUAAAUCACAAAGCUUACAGAGACACUUUCAAGAAAAUGAAGCCACCCAAAAUCCCCUUCAUGCCUUUACUUUUAAAAGAUGUCACAUUUAUUCAUGAAGGAAAUAAAACAUUUUUGGAUAAUCUUGUCAACUUUGAAAAGCUGCAUAUGAUAGCUGACACAGUCCGAUCACUGCGAUACUGCAGGAACAACCAGUUUGAUGAGAUGCCACAGAAGGAACGCCAGGAAGCCCGCUUCUACACACACAACCUGCUUGUGAUUGACAACCAGCAGACUCUGUUUGAGCUAUCUCACAGGAUAGAGCCACGAGUGUAG